UAAUUAUAAAAUAAAGCCUACAAAUUGUGAAACAUAUCGCCGUCUUCGUGGUUCCUAUGAAAGUCAUAGUUUGAAAGUGUUCUCUUUCUCUCCGUUUUGUUUCUUUCUAGUUGCUGAUUUGCUGCUGCUGCUUCAAUGGGGAGCAACGAUUGUGCAAUGAUGAAAAAUAGAGGUUCUUCAGCUUUGAAAGAAGAAGAGAUAGAGCUAGAGCUUGGAUUGUCUAUUGGAGGGAGUUACAAGAGACAAACUGGUACCAAUUCGAUUUCUGAUACUAAUAUCGAUAUGGGUUCGAGAGAAAAGCACCCAAGUUGCUUAAGAUCUAGCGUGUCUCGUUGUUUUAACGGAGACAUUGUGCAGGAAAUAGAUCCGAAGAGAAAGCGUGAGAUUCAUGCGUUGAGGAGAAAGGAAGCGAAGAAGAAGAGAGAGGAGAAGCAGCUAAGGAAAGGUUUUUGUAAAGGGUACUUGAACGGCGGCCAACUAAUUAACGGAGAUAUUAUUGCCGGAAAUAACAAUGGGAUGUGGUUAAAGGCGAAUGCUUUUCAAGCUAAGGAGAAAGUGGCUGACUCGGAAGAGCGACAAUGCAAGAAAAGCAAGACAUAUGAUAUGGGAUCUAAUCACAAUGACACAAAGAAGAUGAAUCUGAACUUGUGCGUAGACCGUACUUCGUCGCCAGUGCAACCAAAUCAACCGCUGCCGGUACAGAAUGGCCUGCCGGAGAAUGGGUUUGUGUUCCCUGGUGCGAAUGUUAAUGUGGUUCAGGUUCAGCCUGUAGUUAGCUAUGGCUUUGUGCCAUUUCAGGCUGCAUCAAAUCAAGGUCAUAAUUUGCGUAAUGGGUAUGAAUCGGAGCAGAAUGGAAGCCGAGAUGGAAGGAACAAGAAUGCUGGGUCGAACGGGUCCGCCAUUUGUACAUCCUCUACGGGUUCCGGGCAGAGGAGCUAUUCUCACGAAGGAGGUGGCGGAAACGACAACAGAAGCCAUUCGAGUCCUGAACCCGAACAGCCUCAAUUGAAAUGUUCAAAUGAAAAUAAUGUGAAGGGCUGGUUUGAACACACUGCAACAUCUCACCUCACGGAUUCUGCUCAAGUUACUAAUCCAUCAAAGCGCAUUGAGAAAACGAUUCACUCGAGUACUCCUCAAUCCAACGCAGAACCCAAGGAAGAAGCUGAAUUAGAAACAGAACCAGAUCCCAGCAGAAGCCAGAUUUCAACUCCUGAAAGUCCGAAACUGGUGGAAAACAAAGCAGAAGUGGUCGGAAAGUCGCCUAAGCCUCCAACUACACAGACUUCUUCUUUGCCUUACAUGCCAUGUGUUUCAACAACAGGAAAUGGUCCGAAUGGGAAAACCAUUAAUGGGUUUCUGUAUAGAUAUACAAAAACAGAGGUAAGCAUCAUUUGUGUUUGCCAUGGAACGUCAUUUUCACCGGCGGAGUUUGUGCAACAUUCCGGUGGUACGGAUGUUUCACACCCUCUAAGGCACAUCACCGUGAUUCCAUCAGAUUUUUGACAACGCAUUGCGUUUUGCGGGCUACUGAUAUUUAACGGAUCCCUUGCGAUGCUCCUAGCCUCCUCUUCUUAUUCUUUUUUUUCAAAGAAAAAUUAUUUUAUAGGCUCUUCCUGGAAAAUGGUAGGAGGUGACUCCCAGGAGAUUUUUUGUUUUUUUUAACAAGUGGAUAUAUUAUUCGGUUUUGGUGAUCAAGAGGAUCAUGGGAGAUAACUCUUUCAUUUCUCUCUAGUAUCGAAGUUUUGCUUAUUUGAACAUGC